AUGCCUCAAAAAAAUUCGGAGGUACAAGUUCUCAUUGUCGACUAUAUUCCAACCAUGAUCGGCCUUAUGAUAUUUGUUCACAGAAUAAUGGCUGCAGACUGCGAUGUGCUGGAACUUUUGCUAGAAAGCGGAUGCUCUGAGGGCAAGCAAUUGAAGCCAGCUAGCCUGACUACGGGUAAUCGGUUGAUCUUUCGAGCUAUGUAUCGUUCUUCUAAGUUGGUCCGUGUCUUCUGUAUAAACCUGUUGCAGACUCAAAGGAACUUGCUGUCUAUCAGAAAAAUUCAUACUGGAACUGCACCGUACUUAUUAGAAAAGUCUGAAAAGCUCUAA